CUCCUGAUGGCAUUCCUCUAGCAGCACCCCAGAGCUCCCCAAGCACACCCCGCCGGCAACAAUGGCGGCGUGCAACAGCAUGCUCCUGUACCACUUCCUCGGGCUAGCCUCCCUGGCGGCAGUGUUCUACUUCUCCCUCCUCGGCGAGGUGAACCUCCGCUUCCCGGGCCUCCUCCCGUCCCCACGCAGCUCCAUGAUCCAGCCCCAGCCACACGACGCGUCCCUCCCCUUCGUGGAGCGGCGCGGCGUGCAGCUGUUCCUGGAGGACCGGCCAUUCUACAUCAACGGGUGGAACUCGUACUGGCUCAUGGCCCAGUCCGUGGAGACGUCGAGCCGCCACCGCGUCUCCGGCAUGUUCCGCGCCGCCACCGGGAUGGGGCUCACCGUGUGCCGCACCUGGGCCUUCAACGACGGCGGCUACAACGCGCUCCAGCUCGCCCCGGGCCGCUUCGACGAGCGCGUGUUCAAGGCGCUGGACCGGGUGGUGGUGGAGGCCCGGCAGCACGGCGUGCGCCUCAUCCUCAGCCUGGCCGACAACCUGGAGGCGUACGGCGGGAAGACGCAGUACGUGAAGUGGGCGUGGGACGAAGGCGUCGGCCUCACCGCCUCCAACGACUCCUUCUUCUUCGACCCCGCCAUCCGCGACUACUUCAAAGUCUACAUCAAGGCAUUGCUCACAAGGAAGAACCACUUGACCGGGGUGCAGUACAAGGACGACCCUACCAUCUUGGCGUGGGAGCUGAUGAACGAGCCCAGAUGCAUCACAGAUCCGUCUGGUAACACUCUGCAGCGUUGGAUCGAGGAGAUGGCGUCGUAUGUGAAAUCGAUCGACAGGAGGCAUCUGCUGACCGUGGGCACGGAGGGGUUCUACGGCCCGACGAGCCCGCCGGAGAAGCUGAGCGUCAAUCCGGGGCAUUGGUUCAACAACUACGGCCUUGACUUCAUCCGCAACUCCAAGAUCUCGGACAUCGACUUCGCCUCCGUCCAUCUCUACCCCGACAACUGGCUGCAGAAGGCCAAUCUGGAAGACAAGCUCAAGUUCGUGACGCAGUGGGUGACCUCCCACUUCGAGGACGGCGACAAGGAGCUGAACAAGCCGGUCCUGCUGACGGAGUUCGGCCUGUCGCGCCUGGUGAAGGGCUUCGACCAGUCCCACCGCGACGCCUUCUACAAGGCGGUGUACGACAUCGCGCACGAGUCGGCCCAGAGGGGCGGCGCCGGCGCCGGCGCCAUGGUGUGGCAGCUCGCCGUCGAGGACAUGGAGGACUACCACGACGCCUUCUCCAUCGUGCCCAGCGAGACGCCGUCGAUGCAGAAGCUGCUGAAGGAGCAGUCGUGCCGGCUGGCCGCGCUGAGGCACGGUGAGGCCGAGGCCAAGAUCCUGAAGACGGUGUGCGCCUGAUUCUCUCUGAUGCAGGUUGUGAUGAGAUUCAGAGAUUGUGAUGAGAUUGAGCACGAAACGGAUCGAAGAGAUCCAGCGUGCAUGUGCCGUCCCGUGACACGAAUCGGCGCCGACGUCGGCAGAUCUGCAUACCUGACCCGCUGUUUCAGUAUUUUGUUUGCUGUGUUGUUGUACUUGUACCUGCCCUUGACCUUUGAUAUUCAAGUCACUGUCGAGCGGCAGAAGAGGCCGAUUAUAUAUA